CUGCCAGUUGGAAACAUAGAGCGUUAAAUCAAAAAAAUAAUUUAACGAUCAACCUCACAAAACUAAAUGCAUGCGAAAUCAAUAUUAUUCACACACACGAUCCAAACCCAAACCUGAACUCAAUGCUAAGAGGCGAAAUCGUCGGUUCUAAAAGCGCGAGGCACACCGCCACCACCGCCACCGUAUCUAACAAAGUUCUCGUGGCGGUUAAAGCGGACAAGGUGAUCUCCAACACCGCGUUAGCAUGGGCACUCACUCACAUCGUUCAUUCCAGUGACUCUAUCACACUUCUCGCCGUUUAUUCUACCGAAAAAACCGGUAGAAGAUUCUGGAAUUUCUCGAGACUUGCCGGAGAUUGUUCGAAUGGACGCGCGGGAAAGUCGCCGGAGCAGAUUUCUGAUAUCUCUGAGUCUUGUGCUCAGAUGGUUUUUCAGUUGCACAAUCACAUUGAGGUUAGGGUGAAGAUUAAGGUUGUCACGGGAUCUCCCAGUGGUGCUGUGGCGGCUGAAGCUAGAUGGAGUGGUUCCCAUUGGGUCAUACUGGACAAGAAACUAAAGCAAGAGGUAAAACAUUGCAUGGAUGAACUUAACUGUAGCAUUGUGGUGAUGAAUGGAUCACAGCCUAAAGUCCUCAGACUUAAUUUAGGAGGACCCUCCGAUGAACUCCAAACACCAUUUUUCUCUACUUCCUCUUCACCAGGUCUAGAAAUCAAAAAGCUAAAUGGACGCAGAUUGAAACAUUCCACCCCAGUGGGUAGCCCUGAAGUAGCAGGCUCAUCUGUUAUAACCAAUACUGGAUUAGAUUCAGUGUCAAGCUCAGACUCAAUGACUUCUCCGUUUCUGGUCUAUAAAGAAAACCCACUGUAUAAUGGCCAGGGACCUCGCAAAAGAACAAGCAAACCAAUCAACAAGCCAAAAGAUUUCAACUUCCAGCCACCAUCAUACUUUAAUUUGGAAAGGGAUAGCCCACCCCCUUCAAGGAAACUCCUAACAUCAUCUGUGGCUAGUGAUAACAACACUGAAAUUUGGAUCUCUCAGAACCACAUUAAUAACGAUAAGCUUCAAAGAGCUGAAAACAGAAUGAUUCAAAGAACUAAAUCUCCAAAUUCUAAAACUUUACUUGAGACUUUUUUACACUCUGAUCAAGAGAAGAGAACAGAUGAACUUGAGUUUAACAAAGCUCAAAGUGUAAGUUAUGUCACCAGCUCAAGCAUCAGAGAUAGCCCUAUUCCUUUGGGUAGAAAUUCCUCUAUACCUCCUCCCUUGUGCUCACACUGUCAGAAUAUAGCACCUGUAUUUGGAAACCCUCCUAGACGGUUUUCUUACAGAGAGAUAGAAGAAGCUACAGACAUGUUCUCAGAUUUAAAUUUUUUGGCUGAAGGUGGAUUUGGUGUGGUUCACAAAGGAAUACUGAAAGAUGGCCAGGUUGUCGCAGUCAAACAAAUUAAAUUUAGUGGCUCUCAAGCAGAUCUUGAUUUCAGCAGGGAAGUUCGGGUUUUGAGUUGUGCCCAACACAGGAAUGUUGUAUUACUGAUAGGAUUUUGCACAGAAAUCAAUGCGAGGAUAUUAGUCUAUGAGUACAUAUGUAAUGGAUCCUUAGACCUCUGCUUACAUGGCAACAAGAGCAUACCUUUGGACUGGAACUCGCGCUUAAAGAUUGCAAUCGGAGUUGCACGAGGCUUGCGCUAUCUCCAUGAAGAUUGUAGAGUUGGUUGCAUUGUGCACAGAGACAUUCGCCCUAAAAAUAUUCUCUUAACGCAUGACUUUGAACCCCUGGUGGCUGAUUUUGGGCUUGCUAGAUGGCAAUCAGAAUGGAACAUAAAUACAGAAGAUCGUGUUAUGGGAACUUCAGGGUACAUUGCACCAGAGUAUCUUGAUGCUGGAAUUCUUACGUGUAAAGUAGAUGUAUAUGCAUUUGGAAUUGUUUUAUUAGAGUUAAUAACUGGUCAAAGAAUUUGUGAGUUGGAACAGUUCAAUGAACACUCGUAUCUUUCUGAAUUGUUUCACCCCCUACACAUGUUGGACCCCAAUCAUAUCUUACAAAAUGUUGGAUCUCUCAACCCAUGGUUGGAUUCUAACGGGUCACUAGAAUUUAAUCUUCAAUUUCAAGCCAUGGCACAAGCUGUGUCACUUUGUCUACGUCUGGAUCCUGAUAACAGACCCGCAAUAUCAAAGAUCCUCAGAGUGCUUGAAGGGGGCAAUGCAGUUCGUUCUUUGGGUUUAGACAUCAAUUCAGUUGGUAACAUAAGUGGUCAUUUAAGUGGUUUGAGUUCUCAUACUCCUCCUAAAGGUAAAAUAAGCCAUUCUCGUAAGUUAUCACAUUGAUAUCUACAAUGGCUUUUGAACUAGAUGAUUUUGUUUUUGUCAAUAUGGUUCUGUUUGUCAGCUGCGUCGUAAAUGCAUGUCUCUUAUAAGCAUACAGAAACUUUGACACAACACAAGCACAGUAUUUGGUGUUGAAAAGUCAAUAUCUCAAACUACUUAAAGAAAUAAAGGUUUGUAAGUGAUACAAUGGGAGGUUAAGACAUCAUUGCUAAAAUUUUAAGAACUCAUUUAAAGUUGCGUUACCAUUUGCCACAAUCAAGUGAUUUUACAAAGACUGAUUAUACUUAUAUAGUUCAUCCAUAUUUUUCUUCUAAUGGUUAGAUUUUAAGUAACCCUUAAGCAAUCCAUUUUUAUGAUAUUUUAUUUCCACCAUGCCUGUCUGGUUUCAUUUUAUUUUCAUCAUGCCUGUCUGGAUUCAGUACUAAGUGGCCACACACACUACUAUACUACAACAAAUUGUUCGUUUAUAAGUUCCAUCUGAUACGUUAUUUAAGGUAUCUGUUAAAGAAAUUAUGGAUUGCAAUUUUCAACCUGAGAUUGCUACAAUAGAAAAAAAUGUUAAAUAUUUCUUCAAGAUUAUGGAACUCAUUGUGUAAUUCAUUAGAGAUUUUGUUAUAUAAAAAUUAACCAAGAUAAGCUGAAUUUCUACAUUAAACAAAUCAAAUCACAAAUUCAGCUUUGACGAAAAUGAAUAGAGUUUAUUCACCUUAAUUUCUUCAUUUUCAUACUAUUAAUUUUUGCAUAGCAUAAAAGAAAAAAGAAAGAAAAAAACCCAUAUUCUUAGACCGAGAAUGACUAAAAUUGUACAAGAAAGACAAGCAAUCACGGCGCCUCCAAGAUAAAACAACUCAGUUCUAUAUUGUAGAAUUACUACUUUCACGGUAGAUAAUCAAUCUUAAAAUAAACCAUCUUAUAGUGCAAAGACCAGUUGAAUAUAGUAUAAAUAUCAUUCAUAAUAUCUGAUAUAGAGACUAGUCGUAAUAAUUUCAAAAAAUGGGGAGAAAUUCAAAUAAUUCUCCAAAUAGAAUUCAAUGAUUGUUUGAUCUCACAAAAUAAUUUUUCAAACAAGGAGAAAUUCAAAUAAUUUUUUUAAAGAGAAUUCAAUAAAAUACACAAAAAUUUUAAUGAGUAGAAAGAAAGGGGGAAAAAUUGGCACUUCGACA